CUCGCUGACGAUUCAGUCCAACUCCAACUGUCGAACAGGAUAGAGCCUUCUUCUUAACGCGCUCAGUACAAAUAAACCUCGAAAUCCAGUGAUUUAUAUCCUAAAUCCAUAUCCCAAUUAUCUUGAAGUUACCUUUCAACACAUUUCUGGGGAAAAAUGGCGUGCAACAGAGCAACUAAAUCUGGAUUUGCCGCUGAGGCCCAGAGAAAGGUCAACAGCAAGUAUAGCGAGGAAUUAGCUCAGGAAUGUCUGGAAUGGAUCAAAACAAUUACCGGAGAAAAUUUGAAUACCAGUGGAGAUAUGGACAAUUUCUAUGAAACACUUAAGGAUGGAACUCUGCUGUGCAGAUUGGUGAAUCACGUGCAAGAGGGAUCCGUGAAGAAAAUAAAUCAAUCAACGAUGGCUUUCAAGUGCAUGGAGAAUAUCAAUGGGUUUUUGGAAGUGGCGAGAGGGUUGGGAGUACCUCCACAGGAGACAUUCCAGACUGUUGAUCUUUGGGAAAGACAGAAUCUUAACUCAGUCGUUAUUUGUCUGCAGUCCCUCGGGAGAAAGGCUGGCAACUAUGGAAAGCCGAGUAUUGGACCGAAAGAGGCUGACAAAAAUGUUCGUAAAUUCACUGAUGAGCAGCUGCGUGCUGGACAAGGUGUAAUUAGCCUUCAAUACGGCAGCAACAAGGGUGCCAAUCAAAGUGGCAUAAACUUUGGAAAUACUCGACACAUGUAAAUUCUGUCUCCCAUCACUCAGCCAAAUUCCCGUUUUAUUUUUCACUUUUCUUUUCAAAUCAUGGGUAGAGAUGAUUAAUUUCUCAUUUGUAAUGCUCUUACAAAUUU